UCAAGUUUCGACGAUAUUUGGCUAAAAUUGGAUAAAAACCUGUAAUUCAAUCACUAAUUAGGUCCAUAGUUUAGAUUCAAAAUCACCAUAUAACAGAAAAAUCCACCAUAAAAUGUAAGCAAAAUGUUGAAACACAUCAGUCUUCGUAAUUUAAGUCGAAAAAUUCUGGAACGAUGCAAAUGGUACGGCUUUCGCGUUGUUCGCGAUUGCGCAGGCGCAGAGAUGAGGAAGGGGAUCCAGAUCCUUUAAACACCAUCGAUCCGUAUGAGUUGCGGGAAUUCAUACUUACUGUCUACAUCAACGCCUCGAUCUUGGGUUUCAUUUCGGCCUUGCCGUUGCUGAUCAUUUCGUCGUUGAUGUUAAGCGUGGUCACCAUUCUUCCGGUGCCGCCCUAUUUCUGGAUGGUCCUCGCCUUCGGCGUCCUGUCAAUCCUCACCUGCCUGCCCGUCAGGCGAGUCCGCAGGCCGAUCCUCUGGGUAAUGGCCAUCGGUGACGUGGAGCUCAUCGCGCUGGCCGGAGCAUACUUUGUGAGCGUGUUGGAAAUAUCCCAAAUGAUGGUUUUCUCCCUGAUGGCCGGACUGGUGCUGAUUCCAUUGCUGAUUUGCGGAGCAAAGUGUCGGAAAUCGUGUCUUCCGAAUGUCCUUGUCACCGUAGUGAUUGUGUGCCUCUGCCUGGCAGCACUCUUUCCGCUGUGGAUCCUCACGCUGGUCACCGACCAAGUUUACUACCUUGUGGGCUUCACUGUAGCUCUGUUCAUCCUGGCAGUCGUCCUUGUCCCACUGCAAGUCCAGUUCAUCCACGGACGGAUGCACUAUGUGCCCCUUGACUAUGAUCUCAUCUGCUCCCUGUGCAUAGUGAUUGAUGGAUGGAUUUUAUUCUUUUGCAUAACCGUCUUUUGCUGCACAUUUGCACAGAAGAUUUCCGGUUCCCCAAAUUACUUAGAAGGCUUGAGUACUGUUCCAAAAUAAACAUGAUGAACAAUG